UAUUCUGGUAGAGUAUAUAAAUGGCUGUUUAGAUAUUGAGGUUAUGAUUGAAACUACAGAAAAAAUAAAGCAAAUUAUAUGGAAAUCAUUACUUAAUAAUAUUCAUCCAGCUUAUAAUGAAAACCAGAAUUGGAUAUAG